AUGAAAGGUUCCCCCAGACCAGAGGGUGAGACCGUGAUGGAGGUAGCAGCCUUCAUGGUAGCCCAGGGCGCAAAGGUAGUAGCCGUGAAUGCGGCCUCGGCUUACCAGGUUGGUGGAGGCUCUACCACCGGCGGUCGCCAUGCACUGGAGGAGGCGUGGUGUAUCAGUUCAACCUUGUACCAAUCGCUUGCAUCAGUGGAGCCUAUCAAAGGAGGCUUUCCUGGAUAUCGACAGCACGUCCCUGUGAUGGGGUGCAUCAUCUCCCCUGCAGUGCAGGUCUUCAGGGAAUGCACAGGUGGGAUUUCGCAGUGGUCAACUCCACAAAUUCCAACAUCGUUGUGGCAGAAAGCCGCCAGAGCUUUGAUGAGUGAUGAAAAGAAGGAGGACGAUGCAGGCGAAGAGAACAAGGAUGACAAGAAAGCUGCCUUGGAGCAGGCCAUCAUGUCCUUGAAGCCUGAUGGUCCUCCCAAGAUGAUUCCUCCCAAAUUCGGCGGGGGCCUCGGUCCCUUGGGUCCCAUGGGUCCCAUGGGAGGUCCCAUGGGUCCCAUGGGUGGUCCGCCCGGUGUUGGUUUCCCACCAAUGCCCGGGAUGCCUGGGAUGCCCCCCAUGCCGAUGCCGGGCGGAUGCCCGCCACCCAUCCCCAUGAAGUCCUCGGGGGCGCCACCACCAAAGGCAAGCAUGGCCUUGAUCCCAGCCAAAUCCGCCUCCUUAAUGGGACCUCCAGGUGGCAAAGAUGAUGAUGACGACGACUCGGAUGACUCAUCGGAUGAGGAAGGUGGAGCUGGGCCCAAUCCCAUGAUGAUGCUCAUGAUGCUGAAGCAGAUGCAAAGCUCCAUCAAGCAGAACAUGGCCAAGGCUCCACCUGAGAUGCAGGAGCAGCAGAAGAUGCUUCUUCAAAUGCAGCAACAGUUCGAGAUGACUCUCAUGCAGAAGAUGGGAAUGGAGUCUGGUGGUUCAGCCCCAUCGGACAUGCCAAUGUUCCCACCACCUGCCAUGGACGGAGGCUGCGGUGGCUGCGGUGGUUUUGGGGGUUGUGAGCCCAAGAAAGAUGCCAAAUCCUCACUGCCGGCUGCCUUGGCCAACAAGCAGAAAAUGGACGCCUCCAGCAAUUUACUGAACGUCGCCUCCUCCACCGCGUCUUCCGCCGCAAUGCCCAACAUGGGACUACCAGCGGCACAGGCCAUGGCAGCAGCUGGUGCAUCACCAGAGAUGCUUCAGAUGAUGCAGCAGAUGGGCAUGGGAUCAGGCUAUGUGGACCCAUCCCAGAAAGGAGCAGUGGAAGCGCAACAGGAAGCCCUGGCGCAAGCGGCCCGGGAGCUGCAAGCUGCGCAGGAAGCCGCACAGGCGCAGCAAGCGGCUUUGGAGGCUAUGUCGCCCGAACAGCGUGACGCCGUGCUGGCCGCCAUGUCUGCCGCCAGCGAGGCCCAGCAAGCGCAGCAGUCACAAUUCUACGAGGCGAUGAAAGCGCAUGAAAUGGAGAAGCUGCAGAAGAGCGGAUACUACCAGAGUAAUCAGCCGGAGCGUUUCAAAGAUGGCUACCGACCGCUCCGCAUGUGCAAGCACUUCAAGACUGACCAAUGCUGGCGAGGUCAAGAGUGUACAUAUGCCCACAGCUUAGAGGAGUUGCAUCCGGCCUCCCCUGAUUUGCCACGAGUUGAAGUGAAAGAAACCAAUGCCUUGGCCGAGCAGCAGAAGGUGGAGGAUAGUGCGCCGGAUGUGCGAUUGAAGAAGAAGAAGGAGUUGUGCAACAAAUGGAAGAACGGUCAAGAUUGUGUGCUGGGCCGCGCCUGUCCCUAUGCGCAUGGUGAGAAAGAGUUGGGCACUGUUGAGCUCGUGGUGUGUGGCCGCGUGAAGACCAGGAUCUGUAAGUUCUGGACGACUGGAAACUGCAUGUUUUUGGGCAACUGCGUCAACGCACACGGAGAGAAAGAGCUGGGCACGAAGCGGCCUGACUUCAUGACCCCUCCCAUGAAGAAGCGAAGGGAAGGAGAGUCCAUCGAUCAGUUCAGAGAGCAAGUCAUCGCAAAGAAGGGCGGUGGCAAGGGGCACAAGGAUGCUGGUUACGGCUUCUUGGACGCCGCCACGGAGAUCCCGGGUGUGGUCUCGGUGGCCAUGUUCAACCGAAAUCAUGGGGUUCGAGACAGUCCCUUGGAUAGUCCUGAGAAGCCCACUGAGUACCUACAUCAGACCAGAGGCAAACUUGAGGCUGCUAUCCUGGCCGCAGUGCAGGUUUUGGAAGCCGAAGUCAUCGUUGUACCUGACGUUGGUUGCGGGGUCUUCGGGAAUGACCCCUUGGUGAUUGGUGGCUGUUUUGGCAGCGUGCUACGGCUUCACGCUCCAAGCCUGACCACUGUGAAGCAGGUGAUCAUCACUGGUCGCCGGGACGACUUUGCGACUGCCUGCGAGAAAGCCCUAAAGGGCGAGGAUCCCAGGCCAAAGUGCCGGGAGGGCACCAUAUGCAAUAGUCUCAGCGAUGUGAUGCAUGCUGCACGCUUCGACCAUGGAACUCCCGAAGGCAAAGCUGAUAGCAUUGUGGAAGACGCUCUGCUGAUGCUGGCGAAGCAUCCAGAGCCAAGCUCCAAGACGAAACCGCCUUGCCGCUAUGGCGCUGCCUGCCAUCUUCGGAACGCAGAGCACUUGGCGAGAUUUUCCCACCCAGAGAAGGGUGGAACACUUCCUGGUGCAAGUGGCGGCACGACAACAAGCGGCGCUGGCAGAAGCUCAUUUAGUGGUGCAUCUGGAACUGGUGCAUCGGCAACUAGUGCGAGGACUCGCGGUGGAGGAACAGGAGGAACGCUACCAACACCUGGAGGAUCUGGAGGGUCAACGCAGCCCCGGAGCGGUAGUCCAUUUGCAGACACACCAGCAAGACCGGGAGAAACUCCCUCCGUGUCUCGAACGACUGAGGAGGGCAAAAGUCCCCGCGAACCACCAAAGCCUGUGGUUGAGUCCGGCGGCAGCAGCUCCAGUCGGCGGGAGGUGUGCAAAUAUGGUAAGGACUGCUACAACAAAAAUCCCAAACACUUGGAGGACUUUUCCCAUCCAUGGCUUGAUGGUGAAACCGAAGACCAGGAGAAAGAUCGCUUGGAAAUUCAAGAAGUGCACGAUCUCCUCUCGUUGGCCAAGGGAACGAAGUGGGCAGAAGUCGACAGAGUUCUGAAGCGAAAUCCCAAAUUAGUUGACAUGAGACCAGAGGGGCGAAAGUAUGCUUUGAUCCACUUUGCGGCUCACCAGUUGCAUGAAAAAGCUCUGGAGAUUGUCCUAAAAGCUGGAGCAGACAUUAAAGCGAAGAGCCAGGAUGGCUACACUGCGAGACAAAUUCUACAAGCCAACGUGCAGGCUCUUGACAAGGUCAAACUGGGCGAGACGACGGAAGAAAGACUCAGGCGAUAUGAUGAAAAGAGAAUGGCCCAACAUUGUCUGUUGGGGAAGCCCAGCCUGCAUGCAGAGGGCUUCAUCGUCCAAGCUUCAGGGCUCUGCUUGAUCGACAUGAACGUGGAGCAGGAGGCAGUGGACUUGGAGUUAGUGGAGUUGGUGGAGUGGGCGGCGUCCACGGCGUCGGCCACGGAGCUGGUGCAGGUGGAGUUGGUGGUGGAGUGGGUGGAGUGGGCCAUGGCGUCGGACGUGGCGACCGACCUCGUGCAAGCGGCCUGUUUCCAAUGA